AGCCGGCUCCUCCUCUUCUUCUAUCUUCAGUCUUUUAUCUCUCUCACUUGUUAUCCCAGUGCGUUCUUUCAGCGCAUCAGAUCAAGACAACGCCCGGCGUGCGUCCAGUUCUUCUCGCUCUCUCGCUUUCAAAAACGGUAUUAUAUACUUCGCCACAUUGUUUUCUACCUGGACUCUCGCCAUGUCCGCCACCGCCACCGGCACGUGUCAGCACGGCCCGUACCACGAGUGCGCGUGCUACAAGCACGACACCGAGCUUCCCAACUACCGCCGCGACGUCGCCAACCCGCGGACGCUGCAGGGCUACUACGCCCCCAACGGCGGGUGCCCCUGCCCGGCGGGUUACGGCAGCGACGCCAGCAAGAAUCUGCCGGAAAGCGCAACACCGACGGAGGGAAAUGCGAAGCCGAAGGAGACGUUUCGCGCGGCGGACGGUCCGCACACGGUUCAUACUGCGUCUGCCUCAGCGUCGUUCCCGAACUCGCGGAACUACGGCGGCACCGUCGCCCAACGCGGUCCAGCCGCCUCGGUGGUGGCCGCAAUCGCCUUCAGCAACAGCGCCACCGGCGAGCCGAAUAUGACUCGCUCGGCCAAGAAGCAGGCGAAGGUGGAAGAGCGCGCGCAGGACCGCAAAAACUUCUUGAAGGCCGUCCUGCGCGACGAAAUGCUGGCCCGCAUGGACGCAGAGGGCCGCCGUGCGGAGUUGGAGGGCGACACCGAACUCAUGGGCACGAACCACAUCGAUGAGUACGAGGCCAGCCAACGUGCGGCCGGCAAGGGGCAGCCGCUCAGCCCCGCCUCUCGCAUGGCGUCGCGUGGCCCUCGUGAAGUCGCCACGGUGGGGGAGCAGUACGGCGAGAUCAUGGACGAGUUGGAGUUUGUGGCUGGCCGGCCCGUCGGCUCCAAGUACAACAUCAUUCGUCUGCACUACCUCGUGGAGGAGGAGCGACGCCUCAACGACCUCCGCCGCCAGGAGCGCCAGCAGAAGUCCGCCAUUGCGUUCGCCGCCAAACAGAAGAAGUAAAUCGUUUCCAACUUAUUUUUGGUAAAGCUUGGACGUUCACACCUUCGCUUCUCCUUCUCUUUCUUUUAACAGGCGUGUUUGCUGUCGACAUCGUCGUCUCUCUUCUUUUUCUCUAUCUCUCUCACCCGUUAUGUACGUCACGAAUUCUGUACUGUUCGUUGUUUUUGUUUUUUUACUAUUUCUCCUGUGAUGUGUCUCCUCGCAACGAUGUAUGUAUGUAUCGCAUGUCACCUGCAAA